CGACACGGCUAGCGUUCGGGAUCCAUGUGUUUACUCUCUUCAGCGUGUGCUAUGAGUGAAAAUUGAUUCACAUUGUGUUAAAUUUUUAGUAGUAAGCGGUUGUAUGAAUUAAUAUGGCGAAUUCAAAUAUCAAGUUUAAAACAAAUUACGCUGUUUCCAGCAAAAUCGAGCCUUUUUACAAAGGAGGAAAGGUCCAGAUCAGUAAGGAUGAGAAAUACAUCUUUUGCACCUGCGGGUCACGUGUGAAUGUUUUGGAGAUCAGCACAGGAAAGAUCGUCCACUGUGUGGAACAUGAUGAUCAAGAGGACAUCACCUCCUUUGCACUUAGCUGUGAUGAUGAGAUGCUGGUAACAGCCAGCAGGGCUUUGCUGCUGAAGCAGUGGGACUGGAAUCAAGCCAAAUGUACUCGCUCCUGGAAGGCCAUUCACACGGCUCCUGUGGCCAGUAUGACCUUUGAUCCCACCUCUACCCUCCUGGCAACAGGUGGCUGCGAUGGCACCAUAAAGCUCUGGGAUGUGGUGAAGCAGUACUGCACUCAUAAUCUCAAAGGAUCUCCUGGUGUUGUUCACUUGCUCCAGUUCCACCCAGACAUCAAGCGGCUGCAUCUCUUCUCCUCUUCUAUGGACUGUGGCAUUCGAGUGUGGGACUUGCGCUCCAGUCAGUGUGUGUGUGUUCUGCAGAGCCACUACAGCGCUGUCACCUCCCUCAGCUUCAGCAGAAAUGGUGGCACAAUGAUCAGUUCUGGGAGAGACAAAAUCUGUACAGUGUGGGACCUCAAAACUCGCCAGGCAAAGAGAUCUGUUGCAGUUUAUGAGGCUGUAGAAGGAGUCGUACUGCUGCCCGAGAAAACUGAUUUAUCCCAGAUAGGAGUGAAAAGCAAGGAUCUGCAUUUCACCACAGCUGGCAGCAAAGGUGUACUGAGAGUGUGGGAGGCCAGCACAGCUCGCUGUGUUUAUACCCAGACCCUCUUGUCUACUUCCAUUCCUGUCGCUGAGGAAGAUGAAGAGAACAAUCCUCGAGGCCUGACGUACCUUUUCCACCUGCCCACCUCCAACAGAUUGGUCACGGUCACUGCAGAACACAACAUACUCUUCUACCAGCUGCCUGGACUCACCACACAGCAACAGUUUGUGGGUUACAACGACGAGGUGUUGGACGUGAAGUUUUUGGGUAAAAAAGACAGCCACAUUGUGGUGGCCACAAACAGCUGCCAGCUGAAGGUGUUUGAGCUGCUCACCAACAGCUGCCAGAUCCUCUAUGGACACACAGAUACAGUCCUGUCACUGGAUGUGUUCAAGAAAGACUCUCUUUUUGCGAGCUGUGCAAAGGACCGGUCAGUGCGUGUGUGGCAGAUGGACAGUGACAGUGGUCUGGUGCGGUGUGUAGCUCAGGGCUGCAGCCACACCAACGCCGUGGGCUCCGUCGGCUGCUCCAGGAUGAAAGCGUCUUUCAUUGUGACGGGGAGUCAGGACUGCACGCUGAAGGUGUGGGAUCUGCCUGCAGAGUUUUCCAGAGUAGCGACAGAAAUCCAUCAGCUGAGACCUCGCUCUACAGAGAAGGCUCACGAUAAGGACAUAAACAGCAUCACCGUGUCCCCUAACGACAAGCUGCUGGCCUCGGGGUCCCAGGACCGCACCGCCAAGCUGUGGUCUCUGACGGGGGAUGAUGGCUUGAGUCUCCUGGGGGUGUUCCGGGGCCACCGUCGAGGGGUUUGGGCGGUCUGCUUCUCUCCAGUCGACCAGGUUCUGGCCAGCUCCUCUGCAGACGGGAUGAUGAAGCUGUGGAAUCUGCAGGACUUCAGCUGUCUCAAGACAUUCGAAGGCCACGAUGCCUCUGUUCUUAAAGUCAUCUUUGUGAGUCGUGGCUCUCAACUGCUGACCAGUGGCUCCGACGGUUUAGUAAAACUGUGGACCAUAAAGACCAACGAGUGUGUGAAGACACUGGAUGCUCACCAGGACAAAGUGUGGGGUCUCCACGGCAGCCACAAGGACGACAAGAUUGUGACGGGCUCAGCCGACUCUAACAUCAUUGUGUGGGAGGAUGUGACGGAGGUGGAGCUGGCGGAGGAGCAGGCCAAGCAGGAGGAUCAGAUUCUCAAGCAGCAGGAGCUGUCUAACCUGCUCCAUGAGAAGAAAUACGUAAAGGCUCUGGGUCUGGCCAUCUCUCUGGACCAGCCCCACACUGUUCUCACUGUUAUCAAAGCGAUCCGUCAGUCGGAGCACAGUCGGGACUUGCUGGAGAGCACGCUGCUGAAACUGCGAGUCGAUCAAAAAGAGGCGCUCCUGCGCUACUGCGUGGUGUGGAACACCAACGCCAGGAACUGCCUGGACGCCCAGAGUGUCCUGCAGGUGCUUCUCACCCACCUGCCUCCUGAGGAGCUGCUGCAGUUCCAGGGAGCCCGGACCCACCUGGAGGGUCUGAUCCCAUACACAGAGAGACACAUGGAGCGGAUCGACCGUCUGCUGCAGGCGUCCAUGUUCCUCAGUUACAUGUGGCAGAAGAUGAGAGUGGCUGGAGCAGCGUCCAGCGUGGAUCAGGAUGAAGAAAUGGACACGACUCCUCUGACCCAGACUCAGCCACUGUUUUUUGUGGAUAAGGACAAAGCAAAAGGCAGCAGUGAUGAGAGACGAGGCAAUGACAGCGAUGGUGGGCAGGAUGAAGAUCCGGACUGCUGCAGGGAGGAGGAGGAGGAGGAGGAGGUUGUUGAAGUGAGUGCUGCUCAGAAAGCCUCCAAGCGCAGGCAGGUGGAAAGCAGAACCAACGGGAAUCACUCAGAGAGCGAGGAGAGCUCAGAAGAUGAAGAUGUGACCGAUCAAACGGAGGAAGGGAUGAAAAAUCUCUCUGUUUCUCCUCCUCCUCUUCCUCCUCGGAGUCAAACUGUGAGCUGACAGGAUGAUGGACACUGAUGUUUCACUUCUACCAAGAAACCUCCAGAAGUUUUCCUCUGCCAGCUGUGCAGGGCUCCGAUUGGGCAGCAGGAAACAGGGAUUUAGAGAACAGGUUUCACUGUAAAUACCAAAGACUUUUCUCGUCACAGAUCAGUUCCUCCUGACGGAUUUUUAACAGGAAAUGAUUUUUUUUAAUACAAGAAAGUUAACCAGCAAAGGGACUGACUGGAAGAAGAACUGAUAUUUGUCUUCUUGCAUCAUUUUGAACAGUUUCCUCUUGUAACUGUUUUGAUACCGUCACUAAACCCUUCUAAAUAAAAAAACUUCUAUAAA